UGCUCGUGUUGCCAUGACAACCAUCUCCUAUCUAAACAAAAUCCAAAAUGGCGGCUACACCGGGAGGGGAAGAAAGUGUGUACGAUAGCGGAAGGCUUUCCUUAUUGGAUUUGGUCCUCGAGAAAAACAGAGCUCAAAACAAGAAACAACUUGUCCAUCGACUUGUGUAUGUUUCUAAGAUUCGUCCUGAAGUAGCCGACAGAAGAGACAUUGGAGAACAUUACGAGCGUCUUUUUAAGAACUCUCCUGCAAAUGGUGAAGCUGUGUCUGGUUUGCUUUUAAUCUACCCUGUGCAUAUUGUACACGUGUUAGAGUCAUCAGCCAAUGUUCUACACGAAGUAAUUAAUGACUUGGUGGAAGAAGAACAAAGUAUUAGUGGAAUGUUACAAAGCACAAAGAUAUUGGUGUAUACUGGAGAUAUAAGUAAUAGAUUAUACUCACAGUGGUGCUUUAGGGCCUUAAACCUGUCAUCAGCCAGAAUGCAAGAAUACACCACAAAUGAAACUGUGGAUGUUGCAGUCAUGGAAGGAUUGACACUUGUGCUAAAGCUUGGAGAAUAUCUUUCCAAAUUGCCAAAGAUCAGUCUCAGUAAAACCAUGGACAUGCUACCAGAAAAAGCCCCCGACCUCCUCUUACGACAAGAUCUCAUAGAGUACCUGAUCAACAAUAAGGAGCUGAGCUCGCCUUCUCAAUACCUGAAGCGCUACAACAAACCAGUGGACGUCGUGUUAGACAGCGAGCUUGUUUGGCCUAUGCAGACACCUCUCCUGCCGGUCAUCUAGUGUGAUUCUGCCGGUCAUCUAGUGGUAUUCUGCCGGUCAUCUAGUGGGAUUCUGCCGGUUAUCUAGUGGGAUUCUGCCGGUCAUCUAGUGGGAUUCUGCCGGUCAUCUAGUAGGAUUCUGCGGUCAUCAUAAUAUUGUACAAAGAUGUAAAUAAACAACCUUCAUUGGCAUUUUUCACCAUUGAAUUACGAGUGGGGUUGCCAAGAGAAUUAGUCUGAUUCACACUCUACGACUUCUUAUAGUUAUUAAAAGUCCCUUAAAAAUAUAUGAUUAAAGAAACAAAAGUGAA